CCGAUGGCGCAGAAGGAGCUCAGCGUUCAGCCAGCCCCAGAAGGACAUGGGGAGGAUGCGUUCCCACGGUGGGGAGUGCCGUCCCCGUCCCCAGGAGCUCUCUGCUUGCCAGCCCGAGCAGAGCUGCAAAGCAAAGCCGACAGCUCUCUCUGCUGGGGCACAAGUGGGCUGUGUUGGCCCUUGGCAGCUGGAAGCACCAAUGUGACAGAUGAUUGACCAGGGAGCUGCUAAAUGCUCUGUAGCAAAUUAAAAGGAAUCGAUGCUGAAGAGACCAAUGCACAAAUUGGUGGAGCCUGUUCAUUUUCCCCUGUGUUGAGGGGCUGGAAAUCAGAGUAGCACCCCAGCCCAAAGGUGCCCGUUCUCCAUCAUAUGAAGCCCAGGGUCAGCCUGUCCUAAGGGAGGAUGCUGACAAUUUGAGUCCGGAUUGGCAGGAGGCAAGGAAAAGGCAUCUUUAAGGUUUCCUUCCAAAUGAGUCCCUGAGGUUACUGCUGGCAGCUCCAGCAGUGUCCUGUAGAAGUGCCCUCCUGCUCCUGGUCCCAGCAGCUGAGACCCCUCCAAACCUGCUGCUGCAAUGGGUAAUGAGGAGCUGUGGGUCCAGUCAGUCUUGGAGAUGCCGAAGAGACGAGACAUCCUGGCUAUCGUGCUGAUAGUUCUGCCCUGGACACUACUAAUCACCGUCUGGCACCAGAGCACCAUUGCUCCACUGCUUGCAGUGCACAAGGAUGAUGGUGGUGAUUCCCGGCGUGAUCUUGCUGCAGGCUUGGACUCCAAGGAAUACUGCUUGUCGGACCGGGACAUUGUGGAGGUGGUGAGGACAGAAUACGUUUAUACCCGCCCACCCCCGUGGUCAGACACCCUUCCCACCAUCCACGUCAUUACACCCACCUACAGCCGGCCCGUACAGAAGGCAGAGCUGACGCGCCUGGCCAAUACUCUCCUGCACGUGCCAAACCUGCACUGGAUCCUGGUGGAGGACUCACAGCGGCGCACGCCUCUCAUCACCCGGCUGCUGCGGGACACGGGGCUUAACUACACUCACCUCAAUGUGGAGACACCCCGCAACUACAAGCUGCGGGGAGACAUGAGGGAUCCCCGCAUCCCCCGGGGGACCAUGCAGAGGAACCUUGCCCUGAGAUGGCUGAGAGAGACCUUUAACAAAAAUAACAGCCAGCCUGGGAUUAUUUACUUUGCCGAUGAUGAUAACACCUACAGCCUGGAGCUCUUUGAGGAGAUGCGCAGCACCAGAAAGGUGUCAGUGUGGCCAGUAGCCUUCGUCGGUGGCUUGCGCUAUGAGUCACCCAAAGUGAACGCUGCAGGGAAGGUCUAUGGCUGGAAAACUGUGUUCGACCCCCAUCGCCCCUUUGCUAUAGACAUGGCGGGGUUUGCUGUGAACCUCAGACUGAUUCUCCAGCGAUCUCAGGCUUACUUCAAACUGCGAGGAGUGAAGGGAGGCUACCAAGAGAGCAGCCUGCUCCGGGAACUAGUGACCUUGAAUGACCUUGAGCCGAAAGCUGCCAAUUGCACUAAGAUUUUAGUCUGGCAUACAAGGACAGAAAAGCCUGUGCUGGUGAAUGAGGGGAAGAAAGGAUUCACAGAUCCCAAUGUGGAAAUCUGACUGUGGCAAGGCUGAAUGGAGACCAACACCAGAUUUCUUCAUGCACAGCCUGCAAGGUUCCUCUCCACAGCAUACAACCAGCCAGGACCUCUGCUGACUUCCAAGAGUUUUAGCAUACUGAAAACAAGCAACACUGCAUACAUAAACUACCCGGAUUCCCCUGCCCUUCCUCCUGGACUCUGAGCAGAACCAGACGCUCUGGAGGUGGAGAAAAAGCACAGAAAAUACAGGACUGACAUCAGCUUCAGUAGAAGACCAGCUGCCUCGCGAGAUGCUCAGUUUGGGAGAAGUGCAUGCAGGGCACGAUGCACUGAAGACGUGGCCCAGCUGGAACGGUAGUCUAGACUGAGGGGGCUGUUUUACAGGACCUGAAAGCAAGGGUGAGAAUGCCCGCAGGAGUGUGUUGGCCCCUGGUGACUUGUUUUUCCUGAGACACAUGUACCUUGUGGCUAUGUGUGCAACAGCCUAAGCAGCUCUCUGUUCAUGGAGGGGACAGCUGCCUUCCGAGAUGGCACCUUAGCCCUUAAUUUUAGACCUACUUUAAUCAGUGUUUAUUACGCUGCACAAGACAAGAAGGUUUCGGGGAAGGGUGAAAAGCAAGGCAGGUUAGAACAAACCCAUUAAGUAUCUCUGUUCUCUUUGUAUUCCCUCUCCUUUCCCUUCAUUAGUUUCAUGGUUUGGAGGGCACUCUGACAUAUACCUCUAUGUUCAUAGAACCAUAGAAUAGUUUGGGUUGGAAGGGACCUUUAAAGGUCAUCUAGUCCACCCCCCCCCCCUGCAAUGAGCAGGGACAUCUUCAACUCGAUCAGGUUGCUCAGAGCCCCGUCCAACCUGACCUUGAAUGUUUCCAGGGAUGGGACAUCUACCACCUGGGCAACCUGUGCCAGUGUUCCACCACCCUCAUCAUAAAAAAUUCCUUCCUUGUAUCUAGUCUAAAUCUACCCUCUUUUAGUUUAAAACCAUUACCCCUUGUCCUAUUGCAACAGGCCCUGCUAAAAAGUUCUUAUAAGCCCCAUCUUUCUUAUAAGCCCCCUUUAAGUACUGAAAGGCUGCAAUAAGGUCUCCCUGGAGCCCUCUCAACCUUUCUUCAUAGGAGAGGUGUUCCAUCCCUCUGAUCACUUUUGUGGCCCUCCUUUGGACCUGCUCCAAUAGGCCCAUGUCUUUCCUGUGCUGAGGACCCCAGUGCUGGACGCAGUACUCCAGCUGGGGUCUCACCAGAGCAGUGCAGAGGGGCAGAAUCACCUCCCUUGACCCGCUGGCCGCGCUUCCUUUGAUGCAGCCCAGGAUACGGCUGAUUACCUGGGCUGUGAGCACACAUUGCCGGCUCACACCCAGCUUUUCAUCCACCAGUACCCCAAAGUCCUUCUCAGCAGGGCUGCUCUCAAUCCCUUCAUCCCCCAGCCUGUAUUGAUACCGGGGGGUGCCCUGACCCAGGUGCAGGACCUUGUACUUGGCCUUGUUGAACCUCAUGAGGUUCACACAGGCCCACUUCUUGAGCUUGUCCACGUCCCUCUGGAUGGUGUCCUGUCCCUCAGGUGUGUCAACCGCAUCACUGAGCUUGGUGUCAUCUGCAAACUUGCUGAGGGUGCACUGGAUCCCACUGUCUAUGUCACUGAUGAAGAUAUUAAACGGUACUCGUCCCAAUACGGACCCCUGAGGGACACCACUUGUCACCGAUCUCCAUCUGGACAUUGAGCCGUUGACCACUACCAGUUGACCACUGUUCCUGGAUGGAGUUAUGUUUACAGCAUGUGGUUCUACUCAUCCAUGCUAAAAUAAUUGGAAGUGAGUUUUAAUGAGAUUGUUGUGGCCAUACACUGUAAUACUUCAUCCAGGCUCAGAUCUUGGUUCUGUUUAGCUCUAAUUUGGUUCACAUGAGCAUUAGCUGUGGGAUUCUCUGAAGGGUGCUCCUACAUAGAGCUGAAUUUCCACUCUUAAAAAAUAAAAUUGACUGUUUAAAACUAGGGAUCGAAUGUUAAAAGCUGAUGGUAGUGCAUUUACCAUUCUACUGGAAUGUAUCCUUCAGCCCUAGCCCCUUUUUCAGGGCCAUGCCAUACUACUGCAGAGCUACUGGUGGAGCCAUGCUGGAGCACUUCGAGAGUUAACUUCUGAUGGAUAGAGCAGCACCCUUGUAAAGGGGAUCCUGUGCUUAGUGCUCUGUUUCUUCAGCACCCGGCUUGAGGUAGGUUGAAAAACUAUGUAGAACAUUAGUCACCUCUUACCUGUUCUGUAACAUCAAAGGACCUGAGAUAGCAUUGAUGAAAGGGUGUUCUCCGACGAAAUUGUAUUUUGCUUCUCAGUGAGACACAGGACUAAGCAAUGCAGAAGAGGAACUUGGGUGCUACUACCUUGGUUGACUCUGUAUUUGAGAUGAUUGACAAACUUGCUGAGGAAGAAAUUGAGGUACAACAAACAUACCACUUCUCCCCGCCUCCAGCCCCUUUAAAAAUCCCAAAACCUACAUCCCCCUUCAUAGUUGUUGUCAAACCUUUGAUCAACCCCCACUGUUCCAAUUCUUUCAAAAAGGUCUGAAGCACAAUUUUACCUUUGAAUUAAGGGAAAACGUAAGCCUGGAAAUGGACUUGGUUAUUUUUAGCCCUAACAUAUAGAACUAUUAAAAUGCUAUAGAUUGGAUUGUUAGCUUCACAGUGCGGAAGUCUCCCCUUGAACUAAUGACAUUGUGUACUUCCUAAUAUUUAAAAAAAAAAAAAAAAAUAUUUUUUUGUAAGUUAUUUUCUCCCACUGUGUAUCAAAACCAUUGGGGAAAAGUUGCAUUCUUUAGUUCCCAGUCACAGAAGCCUUGCUACGUAGCCUUUACAAAAAGUUCCUUUAGAUGCAUUGGCUGAAGCGCUACUUGGAUAGAAAGCAUUUGAUGCUACUGGCUGCUGGCUGCUCUAUGGGAACGGGUAUUGUUAUCUUGUAUUAAAACAGUAGCUCUCUGCACUCAAGCAGAUUUAUUCUAUUAUUGUACUAGCUUUCCAAGUUCACUUCAGCUUACAAACCCUAGAGUGGAAAGAGACAUUUUUAAAGGACUACAAAGUUUUCAUACCAUUUAAAUAGUUUCCAACUGAUGUCCUCUCCUAGCUGCAUGUUUUGUUUCACUAAUCUUAAUUCCAGUCCCUACUGGGUUACAACCUUCCCUCCUUGGAAGGAAAUAACUUUCAGAAAAAUGCAGAGGAUUGAGUCCUGAACACAACCCUGCAUACAUGCUCCACUCUCCUUGAAGCUGGUCACACGAGCCUGGGCCCUUCCAACUUGCACAGGGGCUACCAUGGUCCUUGGGAGCAGAGAUACGUAUGUUCAGUAAGACCAGCUCUGGCCAGGAUGGACAGCUGCACUGCCUGUUCUCAGUUUUAAACAAAAUGUAUUUAAAUUUGUUAAAUAAAAUUAUGGUUUCUAAGAGCCAGAA